AUGGCCAAAACUUUUUCCGUUGAGUCAUUUGAGAGUAUUGUUACUCAAAUUCUAGACAAGUCAAAUGAAUUUCUGGUGAUGGUGAUAGCACUAUCCAACGGCAACCUUGAAAAAAUAUUUGAGAAGUUCGACUCGAAUCUUACAACAGAAGACAGGCCGAGCAAGCAUUCUUCUAACGACAAGCACGGCGCCUUACAAAAUCAAGCGGUGACAAAAUCAAAUUGGACGACCCAAAAAAAGACCAGCCCUUUCGUUAAGAUCAGACCUCUUCGAAUGGCUUUGACCAACACCAGAAGUCUACAAAACAAGCAGAACGAUUUAAUUUUAUUUUUGUUGGACUACGAUUCCGAUAUAUUUUCUGUUGUUGAAACAUUUUUUACCCCUAAUGAUCCUGAUGAGAUAUUCUUACCGCCUAGCUAG